UAUUGUCAUAUUGAGCUUAUAAAAUUUUUCUCAUUUUGAACAUGUUCGAGUACUAUGCAUGAAUAUUGUUCAAAAAAUUCGAGUCAUGUCUCCAUCAUCUCCAUCUUAUCUCUAUUUAUAUAAACCUAGUCCUCCAAAGGAACACGCCUGUGCAAUGGAUCAGAAGGGUGCUCUCAUCAACCUCAGCUGAUUGACUUCUCAUGCAUAAGCUGGCUCUUCAACUUCUUCCCUCGUAGUAAUCCUCGAUGACAUGAUGGAGAUGGAUAUAUAGACACGACAGAUGGAGUCAUCUAUGUCAUAACCUUUUAUCACAAGUCAAAGAGAGUUUCUUCCUCCUCUGUUCAUCACUAGAAGUAGAUAUUCCCUUUCUUGGAGAUCCUUGAGUUGCAGAGACGUGAAACUGGAUCAGAUGGAUAUCUUUCUGGGUCAUUUUCCAAGAGUUGGCACAGAUUAGUGGCUAUCAUUAUCGAUAUCAUCAAUCAUGGAGAAUUUUGGGUGGCCGAGAGGCGUGGGAGCCGCGGACAACCUGACGUCGCUUUGGAGCAUUAAUCAGCAACAGAACAAUAAUGGGAGCUUCAGCACCAAGUCCAAAUCAAACAGCUGUGGAUUUGGUGGUGGUGCUAACACAGAUCAUCACCAUCAUCUUCUUGUGGAGUUAGCUGGCACGUUCAAGAGUAAUUCAGACCAUAUCGAGCUUCAAAGGGGGAGACAAAAUACCAGCUCUAGCCCUGCAAUAAUGACUCAUCCAGUCGCUCCUCCUAUCAUGGAGGAGGCCAUGGGUGUCUUUUCCGACUCGGCAGUCGAGCCCUCUCCAUGUUUGGUCAGCAACUUUUGCUCCAUGAACACAUUCACGGCAGCUUUUCCUGUUGCCAAGAAUGUCGGCGUUCCCAGCGAGCUCGACUGCUUCCUCUCUGGAACCAAUCGCAACGCUAUCAACACGGACACGUCCAUCAAAGAGGACGGUGUCGUGUCCAACGUUAUUUUCUCCGAAUCUGGAAGCUUUUGGAGCAACUGCGCCAACACUUCUUCCGCAAACACAGCAGUUUCAUCUGGAGAGUCCGAUCCCAUGCAUCAUCAUCCAAGCCAUCCCUCCACAGGCAAAGCGCCUAGCGGAACGACGUCGUUUUUCUCCAAGAGAAAGAACGUUGACUUCAGCAACACGAAGAACCUUUCUGAACCGGAUUCUCAUGCCGGAGGAGGAUUCAAGCUUAUUUCUGAGGUCCCAUUGAGGCCUAACAAGAGGCCCCGAUCGCAAAAGCAAAUCUUCACCACCGCAGCUACCUCUUCGUCAUCAAAGAACAUCAACUUCCAGCAACAGCCAUCGUCAUCCGGGUCUUAUUCCUCCGUCGACCAAGAGCCAGACCCGGAAGUCAUUGCCCAGAUGAAGGAGAUGAUCUACCGGGCUGCGGCCUUCAGGCCCGUGAACUUAGGGUUCGAGGAGGUGGAGAAGCCAAGGAGGAAAAAUGUGAGGAUGUCGAGUGAUCCGCAGACGGUGGCUGCGAGGGAAAGGAGGGAGAGGAUCAGCGAGCGUAUAAGGGUUCUGCAGAGGCUGGUCCCCGGCGGGAGCAAGAUGGACACGGCGUCGAUGCUUGACGAGGCUGCUAGCUACCUCAAGUUCCUUCAGUCCCAAGUGAAGGCGCUUGAGAGCUUCGCCAAGGAUAACAACAACAGCUUUGUGUUCCCUUCUCUGCCUUUUGGUCACUCUUUUGUUCCCAUGCAAAGCCAUCAUCAUGAUCUCCAAAACCCUUUUGCCAACCUCCUUUAUCCUCAAUGAGGAUUGUUAGGUUUGACCUCUCCUUUCUCGCACGGCUUUCAAGCAGUUAUUGCACGGGCAGCGUCUGUGCGGAUUGCAUUCGGGUCGGAAUCAAUGGACCAUGCUACUGUCGAAGAAUGGAUGAUCGUGAUGGAUCAUCUGAUCCUACCGUUGACUAAAUUUGCGACGAGGAAUUUUGUUCAUCCGACAAAACAAAAAAAAAAAAAACUAAUCAUUCUGCUAAUCAUGUCUCGGAUUCUUUGUAAUGACAGCCUCAUCUCAAGAAACUUUUUCAGGUUUGUAAGUCCAGUUAUGGCUCCUGAGUGCAAUCGUUUCGAGUAGUCAAGGUUUGUAACGAUGGCCUUCACCACAACAUUACUAUCUGAUAUGGAGUUGAAAGCCUAA